AUGUCGUUGCAAAGCGCAGAAAAACUAGCCGAGUUUGGAAAACAGCAUAUUACUCGAGGGAUAGGUCGAGUCACUAAUUUGGUCAUUCAGCAAGCUAAAGGCUCUUAUUUAUAUGAUGUUCAAGGAAAAAAAUUUUUAGAUUUUACGACUGGCAUAGGUGUAACUUCUCUAGGGCACUGCCAUCCAAAGGUUGUAAAAGCUGUCCAAGAGCAGGCCGCAAAAUUAAAUCAUGGACAGGUCAACAUUAUGUUUCAUAAGCCAAUGUUGGACCUUAUUGGAAAAUUGAAACCCGUGAUGCCUUCGACUCAAUAUGAUUCGUUUUUCUUCGCGAAUACUGGUUCUGAGGCUGUUGAAGCCGCAAUAAAGCUAGCGAGGCACGCAACGAAAAAGCAAAAUUUAAUCGUAUUUCAAGGCGGAUUUCAUGGAAGAUCUAUUGGGGCGAUGUCGCUUACUACUUCCAAAGUCGUUUACAAAGCUGGUUUUGGACCAUUGAUGCCUGGAGUUUAUAUUACACCUUAUCCAUAUUGCUUCACUUGCCCGGUACAUCGUGCCGUUCCACAAAAAUAUAACGUAACUAACUGUUGUGAUAACCCGAUUGAGCAGAUUGAAUUGCUUUUAAAACAGCAAACUGCUCCUGAUGAAACGGCGGCAAUGAUUGUCGAACCAAUAUUAGGAGAAGGAGGAUACGUAGCACCACCAAAAAGUUUUUUCCCGAAAUUGAGGGAAAUUUGCACUAAGAAUAAUAUUUUAUUAAUCUUUGAUGAAGUUCAGACUGGUUUUGGGAGAACUGGCAAAAUGUUUGCAGCUGAACAUUUCGGUGUUAUGCCGGAUAUUAUUGUUAUUGCAAAGGGAAUUGCUUCCGGAUUUCCUCUUAGUGGCAUUGUUUCGAAUAAGAAAUUAAUGGAUAUACAACCACCAGGAAGCAUGGUUUAUAACCAUACGUCUGCUUUAUCAACUCAGGGAGGAACGUAUACUGGCAACGCUGUAUCAUGUGCGGCAGCAAUAGCUACGCUAGAAGUAUUUGAAGAAGAAAGAAUAUUGGAAAAUGUCAAUAAUAGGUCAUCUCAGCUGUUUUCAUUGCUUAAUUCUCGAAUAAAAUCCUUAUUACCUCCACAUAUUGGACUAGACAUUCGUGGUUUAGGUCUGAUGGUUGGGUUAGAGUUUACAGGUGUACCGCAUGGAUUUGCUACGGCAGUAACCCGAGAGGCAUUUGAAAAGCAUGAUAUGAUUAUAUUAACUACGGGAGUUUAUGAGACUUUGAGAUUAAUUCCACCGUUAACAGUUACAGCAGAUGAAAUUAAUGAUGGGGUUGAGAAAUUAAAUUGUGCAUAUAAUAUUCAACUCUCAAGAUAUUGGAUGAACACUCAAAUUGAUUUAGAAAAUCAAAGUGAUUGCAAUGUACUAAUAGGAGAAAACAGAGAGCUAAAAACAAAGUAUAACACCAGCU